UCAAUAUAUUAAUGAUAAACUAAGAAAUUGCUGGCAUUUACAAAAAUGCGAUUAUUGUUAUAAAUUAAUCAAUAUAGUUGGAAUUAAAAUUUAUUGUUAUAGAAACUAAUUACCAAGUUGUGAAAAAAAGUAAAGGGAAAUGGGCAUAAUCAGGAAAAUCUCGUUGUAUAUUGAGACAUGAUAAUAAAUUAUCUAUCGAUGUCAAGUACGACUUUCAUGAUUAGUCACAAAACAGAUGUACUAUAGUUUUCUGACGAUUGUAACAUAAAAUUAAUAUAAAAUGUGUUAAGAGUGUGGAUAAUAGAUAUAAACUCUGCAUUCGCAUAUUAUUUAAUUGGUUGAAUAUAGGAUAUACAAGAAUCAUCGUGGUAAUAUAAUUGUCUCACAUAAAAAAUUUGAUAUAAUGAUUACUGAAAAUAAACGUUAAAUAUUCAUUCAGUUGUUUGUCAGUGACAAACAGCUGAAGGAAUAUUUGAAGUUUAUUUUCAGUAGUCAAUAUAUCACGUGUUGCAUAUAUUAUAAUGUUAAAUAAUGUAGCAAUUUGAUAAGACAAGAAGAGAAUUUAAUUUUAGAUACAUAUAGAUAAAUGUUAGUGCGUAAAAACACAAAAAAUUAUUUAUUGUGCUAGCAAAGGAGAGAAGCUGGUUAUGGACUAGAUGUGAGGUUAUGGAAUUCACAAUAUUGCUACUUAAAAUUCCAAAAUAAACAUAAAAUUCAGCGAAAUUUUAUUAAGGGGACCGGUGACGGUUAAAGAUGUCGAAAAUUAACUUGCGUUUAAUUGUUAAUAACAAAGCCAUGGAUUAAUAUAGAACUUUUAUUUUUUGUGGUAUUAACUACAACAUUAUAAAGUAAAAAAAUCCACUCAGAAUCAUUCCAGAGUGAAUAAUUUCGAUAUUUCAAUAUAAAAUAUAAAAUAUGUUGUAUUUGCGGUUUCACCACGAUUUAGGUCGAAUGGGAAAAGAUUUGAAAAAAUCGCAAAAAUAUUUUCUGUCUUGGCUUCUCGAUCUCUAGAGAUUAUACCUGAAAAAUUGAAGAUAAAAAUAAAAUUAACAAGUUAAGUCAGCCAUUUUAAAUUUUUAAAUUCUCUUUUUGAAUUCAUUACUAUAUUGAUCUAUAUAAGUAACUUCAAGUUACGAUAAUAAUAUGAUAAUACGUUAAUAAAAACAAUUAGAUACAAAAGUACCGCAAGUAUAAAUAAGCUUGAGGUAUAAAGCUGAAGCGUUGUAAUUGCGCACACAGCACACAUCUUUCAGAAAGCGUUUUGAAAGAUGUGCUGUAUGGGUGAUUUCAACACUUCCCUUAUAUCACUAAAAUCAUUCUUAUGAUUAACUAAAAAAUUUUUUGGUGUUUAAUGUUCAAUAAAGUAUUAUUUGGUAUAUAAUAUAAUUAUUAUAAUUCAAUAAAAAUCUGCCAACAACGAAACAGGUAAAAAACUCUUGAUUACUAGGGGGUUACGAUUUAUAUUGUACACACACACACACACACACACACACACACACACACACACACACACACACACACACACACACACACACACACACACACACACACACACACACACACACACACACACACUUUAGUUUUCAUAUAAUUUGAGAUAUGUAAUUGCCUAUGAUGCAGCAAAAUAAUUUGCAUUCCACGCGCGUGCCAUUUUUCGCAUAUUAAAGACAUCGGUUUUGCCCCACUCGACUUUUUCUCCCUCUACUUCGCAACACAACAUGAAUGUAAUCUUUGGGCGAAGGAUAAAAUCAUUCUGUGGACGACAAUCGAGCAUUCGACAGUCAGUAGCCGUGGCGAUCACUUUAAGCGGUAUGUUCGCACUACUGAUCGUCGUUCUCGCGCUUCAAUACGGCGCCAAUCGAGCCGAACAGUACACUUCGAUUUGGCACUAUAAGUGCGAUGGCGGCCUGUGCAAGAAGGUAUUAAUCACGGAACAGGACACCAACCCGGUCUCUCUUAGCGUGUGCCAAUUGACUUGCGGUGAUGGUGGUACUCUGUGGCCAAAACCGACAGGACAUAUGUCCAUCGGUAAGACUGUGGUGCAGUUUAAUCCUGACAAUAUUGAAAUAGUCGGAAUUUCCACCCAGACAGUGGUAGGAAAUCUCCUUCAGAAAAAUAUUGCUCGCAUAAAAGAGAAUGCGAAGAAGCUCGGUGGUCCCGUAUCUUUGAAAACUGGUGGGACCGGGUUAACGAUACACUUUAAAGAAGGACUCAAUUCCAGUAGUGCCAAGUUGACCUUGGAAACGGACGAGAGCUAUAUUCUCCAAGUGAUUACGGUCAAUGGGCAGGUGGAAGUCUAUGUCACGGCAAACACGUUCUUCGGAGCUCGACACGCAUUAGAGACUCUCAGCCAACUGAUUGUCUUUGAUGAUUUGCGCAAUGAGCUUCAAAUAGCCAACGAGAUAUACAUUAUAGAUGGACCGAAGUAUCCUUACCGCGGGAUUCUUUUGGAUACUAGCCGAAACUAUGUUGACAAGGAGACGAUUUUACGGACAAUCGACGGCAUGGCAAUGUCCAAGCUGAACACGUUUCACUGGCAUAUCACCGAUUCGCAGAGCUUUCCCUAUGUCAGUAAAACAUGGCCCGAUUUUGUCAAGUACGGUAGCUACACGCCAACUAAAAUUUAUACUUCCGAAAUGAUCAGGGAGAUUUUCGAUUACGCCUUAGUUCGUGGUGUCAGAGUGCUACCAGAGUUUGAUGCACCUGCGCACGUUGGCGAAGGUUGGCAGUGGGUUGGCGACAACGCGACGGUUUGCUUCAAAGCCGAGCCUUGGAAGGAAUAUUGCGUAGAGCCACCGUGCGGUCAGCUGAAUCCCACCAGCGAUAAGGUGUACGAGGUCCUCGAAGGAAUUUAUAAAGAUAUGUUAGAAGACUUUCAAUAUCCGGACAUCUUUCACAUGGGCGGUGACGAAGUAAACAUCAAUUGCUGGAGAUCGCAAAAUAUUAUCACCGAUUGGAUGCAGAAGAAAGGAUGGGAUCUUAACGAAACCAGCUUCUACCUAUUGUGGGACUAUUUUCAAGAGAAGGCUCUGGAGAAACUGAAAAUUGCCAAUGGUGGCAAGAACAUUCCGGCUCUCCUAUGGACCAGCGGAUUGACGAGCGAGGAGAAUAUUAAACAUUUAGAUCCUGCGGAAUACAUUAUUCAGAUUUGGACGCUUGGUGAUGAUCCAACUAUUGGCAGACUGUUACGAAAUAACUUCAAGAUUAUUUUCUCGAAUUACGAUGCUCUUUAUCUUGAUUGUGGAUUUGGAGCUUGGGUAGGCGAGGGUAACAAUUGGUGCGCGCCAUAUAAAGGUUGGCAAAAGGUCUAUGAUAACUCUCCAUUACAGAUGAUAAAAAAACAAGGAUACGGGAAUAAGAAGCAUCUUAUUCUAGGUGGAGAAGCAACGCUUUGGGCCGAACAGGCGGACAGCGCUAAUACCGAUUCAAGAUUGUGGCCAAGAUCUGCCGCAAUGGCUGAAAGAUUAUGGACCGAGCCGGAUUCUAAAUGGCAUCACGCUGAACAAAGAAUGUUGAGGCAUCGUGAGAGGCUCGUCGAAAGAAAAAUCUAUGCGGAUAGCUUGCAACCUGAGUGGUGCUUGCAGAAUCAAGGGUCAUGUUACGCAUAAAUCUACGAUUAUAUUAAAAUUUAUUUUAUUUUGCUCCUAUGCAAUCUUACUGUUUCCAACAGAAUAAACCAUGUUAAUUAAUCAUA